GGACGCAGCACGUCCCGGCUGUCUGCGUAAAGGCGCGCGCCGGAUCACAAAAUGGUUCCUGAUGACUGCUGCACGCGAACGCACCCAAACUCUGAAUUUCAGCCUUUUUCCAGGUUUCUGAAUCAGCAGCAGCAGCAGCGCGGAGCCAGGCCGGACUGAGCCGAGAGAUGAGGAGAAGAAAACGGGUCUGUGUGCGCAGCCCGCCGGCGCACAUCUCCAUCUACCAGUGCGCAAUAAUUGAAAUGGCGCAUUUGGCCGCGGGCGGCUGGAAGGGCAGAAUGCAUGACGAUAGACGUCAUUUGGCUCCAGAGCCAGAGGGAUGUUUGAUGUUGCUGAAACAGAGGAGCUGUCGGGAGGAGAACGCGGAGGAGGAGGACGGUACCGGGACGGCUUCUGCUGAAGGUUCGCAUGUUUGGUGGCUUUUAGAUUCUUCGGAUAAAUCAUCCCACAUCUUCCCGUCCACGGCGCGCAGAGACCGCAACACACCGCCCGCGUUAUUGUAUCCUAAUCCUGGCCCCCGGGGGGUCUGAAGGGCCCCGGGCAGCACUUCUCUUUCAGCCCUCCUCUUUAUUCUUUCGGCGGAGACACGGACAGACACUCACACACGCACCGGAGGACGGCGAGGCGGACUGACGAGGACGCGCAGUGAAGAGCAGCCGGUACCAGACCUCCAACCCCGGGACGCAGCAGACACACGCCGGUCUCCAUGUCUUCUGUGUCGGUGUCCUCUCAGGAGGGGCGGAGCAUGUCCAGGAUGUCUCUGAGCCGCUCACCUGUGUCCCCCAUGACCGCCCAGGGCAUCCCGUCAGCCGCCCAGCUCACCAAGUCUAACGCCCCAGUCCACAUAGAUGUGGGGGGGCACAUGUACACCAGCAGCCUGGCGACGCUCACCAAAUACCCCGAGUCCAGGAUCAGUCGCCUGUUCAACGGCACCGAGCCCAUCGUGCUGGACAGUCUGAAGCAGCACUACUUCAUCGACAGAGACGGAGACAUCUUCCGCUAUAUCCUCAGCUUCCUGCGCACCUGCAAGCUGCUGCUGCCGGAAGACUUCAAGGACUUCCCCCAGCUGUACGAGGAGGCUCGGUUCUACCAGCUGACCCCGAUGGUGCGGGAGCUGGAUCGCUGGCAGGCGGAGCGAGAGGCUCAGCGGGCGGCGCCCUGCGAGUGUCUGGUGGUUCGCGUCACGCCCGACCUGGGCGAGAGGAUCGCACUGAGCGGAGAGAAGGUUCUGAUCGAGGAGGUCUUCCCCGAGACUGGAGACGUCAUGUGUAACUCUCUCAACGCCGGCUGGAACCAGGACCCCACCCACGUCAUCCGCUUCCCCCUCAACGGGUACUGCAGACUCAACUCUGUCCAGGUCCUGGAGCGUCUGUUUCAGAAGGGCUUCAGCAUCAAGGCGUCCUGCGGCGGGGGGGUCGACUCGUCCCAGUUCAGCGAGUACGUCCUGUGUCGUGACCUGCGGCACAGCCAGUCCAUCACCAGCACCCCGAUCCGGAUCAAACAGGAACCUCUGGACUAACCACCACCCUUUGCGGACAGUCUGAGUCCAGCUGGAGGACGAAGACGUUCAGGACACAUGUCGGGACUGGCAGACCUUUGACCUCUGCUGACCUUUGACCUCUCAGUCUGAAGAGACUCUGAUCCUCUCUGGUUUGAUAUGAACAGCUUGCUGCGGGCGCAUAACUCUUUUAUAAACCAUUCUGAAAAUAUGUUUAUGUAUCUGUUAGUUUUGUGUCUCGUUCUCACCUUUAAACUCUGUAAUGAACUCAAA